GAAACCUGGAAACAUUUAAAAAGGAGUUUAUUCAUGAGGAGAAACACAGCUUUUUAACGGGUUUGAUGCCAAUAUUUGACAGAGAAUUCCCGAUGAAAACCAUGCAGUAAGAUGGCACACUUGUGAUAAUUAAAGACGUCCUACCGCGACUAACUCUUCGCGGAAAUGUACAAGUUCCUGUAUCUGAAUAAAGUAGAGGUUUAAAUGUUAUUUUCUCAAUAUACUCGUCAGAAUCUUUAAUGGAGAACGUACUAGUAACAGGAUUUGGUCCAUUCGCUGAGCAUGAAGUCAAUGCAAGUUGGGAAGUUGUAAAGGAGUUAGCAAACAUGGGCUUGGAUGGUAAAGGCAACUUAGUCAUAAAAGAAAUCCCAGUGAGUUAUGACUAUGUGCUUGCACAUGUUCCUGAAUUAUGGAGGAAAUAUAAGCCCAAGCUUUGCAUUCAUGUCGGAGUGUCGUCUAUCACAGAAGUUGUUCAACUUGAAAAACAUGCAUAUAAUUCAAAUUACUCUUUGCCGGACAUCAACGAUGAAUGGCCACCUAACAAUGAAUGUGUAAAAGGUGGUCAUGAAUGUCACCAGACGAACAUUGAUGUUGCAAAAGUAUGUCAACAAUUGAAGAAAAAUGAUAACCCAUGCAAAGUUGACACAUCUUCAGAUGCUGGGAGAUAUCUGUGUGAAUUCAUUUACUAUAUGUCAAUGAAUGAAAGACUGAAACCAGAGUUUAGUAGCUCAUCAGUCUUAUUUGUACAUGUACCAAUGUUGGACAAACCAUACAGCAAAGAAAAUUUGGCAAAGACUUUGAAAUUGAUAGCACUGGAGAUUCUUUCUUAAGCAUUUUCUUCAUCGCUGGCAGCCAUAAUGAGUAUCUGACUUGUGACAAUAGACCACCAAGGAAUAAAGAGAUUGUAAAAUUCACGAAACGGUUUAGUAAUACUGACUUGUCUGUUGAACAGCAAACUCUAACACCUUCCAUGCUUGUUCAUGUUUUAAAAUUGUCUGGUCGCGACACAUUGCCCAAACAUAGUGCACUAAUUCUAUAUUAUUCUGUAAAGGAAAAAAAACAUUUGCAUUGAUAGAGUAUUUUAUGAUAAACACUGUUUUCUCAUCUAUCUCUCUUUACACAUGAAAUACAAUCUAAAAAAAAGCA